AUGACUGUCUAUACCUUUGAUGCAAACGGCCUUGCUAUUCUAUUGCUUGAUAUUGUUGAAUUGUACAAAACCACAGAAUCCAUUCGUGACGGUUCCAAAACAUAUCGUUUCUUAUCCAUUUCGAAUAGAACUAGAUACAUUCUGGCAUGGCUCAAUAUCCUUUUCACUCCUAUUUUAACAAUGAUCUAUGCAGCAGUUUCUCUACCAGUUUGCUUUUCAUUACCUGCUUGUAAAUCAUCGACUGAAUCUGUCUCGUGCAGUGUUCGUCUUGGUUGUGCAAUUGCUGGUUUUAUUUGCCUGAUUGCUGGCUCAACUAUGUUAAUCAUACUUUCAGUUUAUAUUUUAAAACAGAAUUGUGGAAAUUCGUAUGCUUAUACAGAUUUAGAUUUUGUUGGAAAUGUUGCAAAGAUCAUUACCAUUUAUGAUGCAUGUUGUUAUGGAAUGGUUAUUUUAUUUAUCUUGACUUUUUUGGGGAUGGUUAUUGGUGGAGCUGUUGGAAAUAUUAACCUUUUGAUUGCACUUGGUAUGGCCUUAUUGAUUCCAAUGGCAUUUAUUUUCUUGUAUGUUGUGUGCAGAACAUUGAGAAGAGCUUUAUUACUUGAAAAGGAAUAA